UCAGCUGCCAUGAAGUUUACCAUGAAGACUGGCCUUUCUUUGAUGGUUGUUAUCUCUCUGGUUUACCACAGUUACGCCCUCAAGUGUCACACGUGCGUGGCCUCCAAUGAAGACGAGUGCAACAAGCUGGGCUCCUCCUCCUGUCCGCAGUACGCUGAUGCCUGCCUCACCAUCUCUGGCACCAACACAGUGAUGAAGUCAUGCACUUAUAAGGCCUUUUGUGACAAGGGCCAAAGUAGCAGCUCUGGAGCCAAAAUGGAGUGCUGUUUUGGAGACAACUGUAAUGGCCCCCACAAAGGCCACAGCCACGGAGCCCAUCGAAACAGUGCAGGGGCUACAGUCUUCAGCCCCCUGCUUAUCACCACUGCACUGCUAUGUACCACCUUCUCCCACCUCUGAACCUUUAAAAA